AAUUGGUAGAGGGCGUUGUCGUAAACAAUGAUAGUUCCGGGUUUCUAUUUACAUUUGUGAAAAUGGCUCAUUUCGGUAAAGAUAUUGAUAACAUUACAUCCACCAGCUCUAUUCAGAUCAAAGGAACAGAGACAAACGAUGCCUUCACGAUCUACAUUAUACAAGUCAAUGUAGGGCCUUACUCAUGGACUGUGAAACAUAGAUACAGCGACUUUCAUGAUUUGCAUGAAAAGCUGUGCUCAGGCAGCAGACUGGACAAGAAUCUUCUUCCGCCUAAGAAGUUGUUUGGAAACCAGUCGGAAAGCUUCAUUCGGAAGAGGCAGCACGAUCUGGAGGUGUACCUGCAAACCGUUCUGCAUUUCGUCUCUCACAAGAUGCCCAGCUGUUUUGCCUCAUUUCUCGAGUUUGAAAAUUAUGAAAUACAUGGAAUCACCCAGCGGAUGGCAGAAGAAUUGUACAAUAAAGGUUUUGUGAUAAAUAAAGGGGACAGUCUGCUAGAGAAUCGAGAGCCCUACUGUACCACUCCACUACACCUGUAUUCUCUCACAGAACGGCUGAAACUCCCAGAGCCAACUUGCGAGAGUGGAGAUGUAAAGCGCGACCUGGGUCACAUUUUGGACUUCAUCACGAGGUUGAAAUGCUUACAGGUUGUGGGUGAGAAGAAAGUGGGCACCAGCAAUAUUGAUAUGAACUCACUGCAGUUUGAUCUGUCUUUGUUCAAGUCAUUACAGUUCCUAGAGCUGUCUUUGUGCAAUAUUGGCCUUGUGGGUGGACUUGAGAUCGUGAAGCAGACGUUACGCAGACUUACUGUCAGAGAAUCCAUUGAAUCAAUCAGAGAAGUGCUGUUACAAGAUCUGCCCCACUGGCGCGCUGAUGACGGGACCUUGCUGGUUACCCACUGGGGUGGGGUUACUCAUGUAGACUUCAGUCACAACUCUAUCACGCAGAUAGACGACAGCAUGCAACUGUUGCCAAGGGUGGUACACCUGGAGAUGAGUCACAACGAGAUCGGGUGUAUAGAGAAUCUCCACUGGUUGAGUCACCUGGUGCACCUCGAUGUUUCGUACAACAACAUCGAGCAACUUGAUGCCCUUCACUCGAGGCUUGGAAAUCUGAAAACACUAAACCUGGCCGGGAAUAGACUGGUUUCUUUGAAUGGCCUCUCCAAGAUGUUUUCUCUGGACCAUUUAGAUCUCAGUUACAACAGAGUGCAGUCUGUAGAUGAAAUUAAACCUAUUGGCAACCUGCCCUGCCUGGAGGAGCUUCUGUUGCUAGGUAACCCAGUCACAUUGACCUUGGACUACAGAACCAAGACCUUGACUUUGUUUGGUGAAAGAGUUAAAGAGAUCGAACUGGACAAGCUGUCAGCCAAUCAGAAGGAACUGGACACUGUUGCAGUCAUGCAGGCCAUCCAGAAAUCAAAGGACAAGGCAAGGGAUAUCAGACUGAAGAAGGAAAGUAGUAGUGCCUCACUUUUCGAGUCACAAUCGCCCAUGGCAACGAGUCUUGGCAACCACCUUAGCAACAGCAGCCUGGCUCACCUUGCCGGCAACAUGUCGCUACCACAACACCCCAGCAACUCUAGUCUCACGCUUAUGGAUGGCAACAACCUAGGCAGCCAGCUGGCCAGCAGAGGCCUUGACCCUGGUGAUCUGAACUCUGCGCCUAGCGACCGUAACCAUGGCACCCCAGACACACAUUCCUCAGGUAAUGAAGUAAGACAGACCACGCCCCUCCUACAGAAAUAUAACCUAUUUUCCCGCCAUUCACAGCCAGCAUUGAGAGGUGCAAAGCAUCUUUCUGGAGAGACUGAGAGUCAAAGCUCUUCUAUACAGGAGGAACAUGAAUCUUCAUAUCAAGGUCUACACAGGAGGUCAUCAAGUAGUUCGGAUCACACUUCAUCAUCAAAUGGUUACCCACCCUCCCAGCAAAGCUGUAUUGACAUUUCUUCUCUCCCCACCCACCAGAAUCACAGCUUCUAUGCCGCAAUUCACAAACGUCUUUUUGGCAUAUCUGAUUCUGACGAUUGUUCAGUGGUUGAAGUUAUUAAAUAUAUACUGUGGUGCCAGUGUAUACAGUAUAAUAACACAGACUCUGUUUUGCCUUGUUGCGUUGCUCUAACAGAGAGACGCAUAUUUGUGCUACAACUCAAAAAUGCUGAGUCACUUAUACAGGAAGUGCCUGCAUUGGAGACCUUCUAUAUUCUCCCUUUGUGCAAUAUACAACAAGUAAUGGUUGGACUAUGUUAUAGCUUUGUAAGAGUCGAAGAAUCAUUUGUUGGUUCAUCGGGAACAUUUGUAUUUAUUGUGUGGGAUUCGGAUAAAGGCAAAGAGUUUUAUGAGGAACUAAAAAUGUGUACAGAAAGUCCAUUAAAUGGCAGUGGUGAACUAGAUGUAAUAGAUGGUUACCAGGACUGUGAUAUCUCGAAGCAGUUGUUUGAAGUGGAAGAUGCUGCCGGGGAAUGCACAGGCAGGAUAGCCUACGCUUCUUACGUGACAGUAACAGACACUGGGUGUCAUGGGUAUUUAGUGAUGUCAGAAAAUCAUGUUUACAUUUUCAAAACAUGCAUCUACUUUUCACCAAAACCAACGUUUGACGCAUCAGCAUUAAGCCAAGCAAAAAGCAAAUUUGAAAUAUUUGAAAAAUUCAGUGUUGGAGCGGAGAUAAGUGAAAUAGUAAUGAGGAAAAAACACGAACUCAGGAGAGAAGUACAUGAAUUACCUCCCUUAUCACCGUUGUCGGGUAUUCAGUAUCUGGAACAUGAAUUGUCGAUGGUGUUUCACGAGUUGCUCGGAUUUCACAGAUUUCACUACACAUUCCUGUCAAGUCGCGCCAGAGACACAUUCCUCGAUGGAUUGACCAAACUUCGAUCGGAGCAUGCCCAUCAGAUGCUGCCGUCGCCCAGGGAAGACCCAGAAGGUGGGAACGAAUCCUCAGAAAGCUCUGGGGAUGCUCCGGAUGGAGAAAGGGACAGGUCCGGAUCCGGAGAAAGGGACAGGUCCGGAUCCCAGGACACAAAUGGAGACGAUGAUGAUGGGGAUGCAGGCAAUAGUGCAAUGACUUACGAAUCUGGUGUUACCCAUGACUCUUUGAAGAGUGAACUCAAUCUGAGAAAAUUUCGCUCUAAAACUGAAGUGGUCAUUUUAAAAGACGCUUUAACUGAUGAAUUACAAGAUAUGCCAAGUUAUGCCGUGUAUUACUUGAGUCCAGAACUUACGGCACAUCUAGAAAAAUGUGUGAGGAACUGCAAUCUGUUUCAGCCACUGACUCCAAAAAUGCAGUCUCUGACGGAAAUGUCGGGCGAGAGACUGGUGCAGUUUUUCCAUAUGAACAUUGUGCCAGUCGGGGAGGAAUGCAACGAAGAACUCCAUCACAUAAUCUGGACGAAUGCUAUCAGUUUCACGAAUCCUUUAGAAGAAAUACUCACAUGCGUUAUGAUGAGCACAAAAGCGGUGUAUCUCCUCUCAGACCAACACGUGGCAUUCCAACGACAUUCUGGUCGGCCAUCUUGGAUGACUCAUGCCCGCCACGUGUCGGACACUGUCGUCGGACUGCAGUCGAAGAUGGCAGAUCGACAUCACAGCUCGGGCAUUCUUCAUUCCUCGAAAACCGACUCGACCAUGAUAAAAUCUUACUGCAAUUUCAAUUUUUCUGACAUUAAGCAGAUUCAUGUUGGGUUGUUUGAUCAGUGUUUGAGACUUACUGGUGAAAGACGGGAGAAAGUGAUCACCUUGGUUACGAGAGAUUCAGAGGCGACCAGUCUUUUCUUGAAACAACUGUCGGCCAUGCUGUCUCUCUACAUAGCUUCCCCUUCCCUGGAGUCAAGCCUGAGUGAUUUCAAGCAGGAUUUCUAUAAAUCGUCUGAUAGACGAACGAAGACCACAGUUGAAGGGAUCGAGUACACCCAUCCAAGCAAGGUGAAAUUCUGUUACCCAGGCGAGGAAUCCAUUGAGGACUUGCUAUUCCUCAUCAAUGAACAUCUACGGACUGUGUCUGUACAGUUGGUAGGCCGGGAAAAUAUUCUGCAAUACAUCGUCGGAUACAAGACUCACUCUAGUCUGGAAGAGAUCGAGCCCUUGGCCCUUGAGCCAAUCAGCUUUAUCCUCACUAACGCCUGCCUCUGUUUUGUCACGGAAGAUCUCGUGAGUUACCCGCUCCCGGAUUUCGUCCGGGGCCUUCCGAGCAUUCCCCGACAUCAUGUGAAUGACGUGAAAAAGAUCGAGUACUUGAAGUGCAUCAAGCAGAGGAGAAAGGAGCCAAGGGACAUCACUCUGAUGUUCUCUGAUGUGAAGGAAGACAUAGUGCUUGUUCCUGAUCACUACAGCUUGGAGGACUAUGAGAGAGACUCGCCACGUGAAAUUCCGGUACGAAUUUUUGUGCAGAGUGUGCGGGAGCUGAACAAGUUUCUUAUGCUAGUUACCUGUCACUGGAAAGAUACACACCCUAUGGGGGAUGAAUUUAAAGUGGUGCAAAUCUAAUCUUUUUUUUAAUUUUUAAAACAUUAAGACUUCUUCGUUUGUUUGCAUAUGUCACAGUUGCUUUAAGAUAUAAUACAUGAUCGUCUUAAAUGUAUUGUGUUCUCCUGAAUAGUAUUUUUAAGCUUGACUAUUCAAAAAAAUAGUCUUUGCUAUAUUCUCACCAAAUUGUCUGCAUCUGCCUAAUACUGCGGUUUAGGUAUACUUGCUACAUCUUCAUAUAACAAUUUUUGCUACAGAUAUUUGUUUAAAACUUCACACAUGUUCAUGGGGUCGUUUUCUGAGGUCACUUACCAAGUCCAAUAACUUUGACCUGCAAUGAAGCAGAAUUAUGACCCUUUUUUGUAGUUACUUAGAAAUUCUGUUAAAGUAACAGUGAAACAUAAACAUAGCAUUAUGUCUACUACACAUAUUCAAGUGAAUCUUCAUACAUGUUUUCAUGGAAAGGUCCAUGUAAAAAAGUGCAGCUUUUAAUUAAAUUCAAGUAAAUUAUAGUAGAUGCUAGAAUAGUUAAAAACAACUUUUUUCCGGGCAUGGUCACAUUUAUUGUGUUUCUGUAUCAUCAUUGGUAUAGACAUGCAUAACAACUAUCACAGAUAUUCAACUUCAAAUGUGUGUAUAUGGUCAUGAUAUCAGUUUACCAACAGAAAAGGUGCGUUAUACUAUCGAAGCAUAAUAAUAGUUUAUUGCACUGUCUUGGCACAGCUCUUGUUGUUAUUGUAAGUGUUGUUGUUUUUAUAAUGAAAUAAUGUUUAUAUGUCUUCAUUGUGGUCAGUUUAGUAAUAAGUUAAGUUUGUUACAUGUAUUUUAUUCAGAUGUAAAGAUAUUUAACAUAAAAACUUAAGGGAUCAGGCAUUAUAAUUAUAUACCCGUGCUCAGCACAAAACGGUAUGCUUUACAGUGUCGACAAAGUAAAUGCUGGUACAUUUUCACGUGUUAACUAUCACGAUGACAAGUUUAUUUUGUAAAACAUUUGAUGAACUGUGUUUGUAAUUUUGUAUCACCAAUUUAUAUAUUGAUAGGAACAGACUGCAAUGACCUGCAGUGUGAAUUUGCAAGUGAUAUCUGUUUGUUUUGUAUUUGUUGCAAAGAUAUAAUAAACAUUCUAAAACUUCA